AUGGACACGCCCAAACAGCCCGCUAAUCUGGCCCCUCCAACCAAGCCAUCACUACUCCGGCAUCACCAAGACCACUUGAGAAUCCUCGCCUUCGGAAACUCCCUCACAGAAGGCUACACCGACUUCGGCAUGCGAUUCCAUCCCUACGGCAACGCUCUCAAGUCCAAGCUCUCAGCCCUCGCUCCCGACCUCACAAUCUCAGUCGACAUCAACGGGCAAAGCGGCGACUGUGUCCUGGACUCUCUUCAACCGACUACUCAACGCGAUCGGAUCAAGAGAGCAUGGCAAUACUUGGCCAUAGUACUUGGCGGGACCAAUGACCUUGCCCACAAGCUCGAGAGGGGCCUUGAAGGCUCGGAGGAGAUUUUCCAGGGGUUGCGCCCGCUGUAUGAGCAUGUUCUGAAUGCUGGGACGAGUUUGAUUGUCAUGACUGUGCCGGAGCGAGCUAUUGAUACUAGGAGUUCUGAUCUUGCAGUGAAGGCGCACGCUAAUAGGGAGCAUCUCAAUCGCUUGAUUGUGCAAUGGGCAGCAGACUCUCGUCUGCAUAGAGAACAGAUUGAUGGCCCGAAAGUGUACUUCUUUGAUCUUGCUGCUUUGGUUCCAUUCCCGAGGAAUGAGGAUGAUGGUGAUACGACACCGGCUGAGGGAGGGAUGUGGUCACUCGAUGAUCUGCACAUGACAUCCAGGGGUUACGACUUUGUCGGAAACGAGCUCGCGGCUUUCAUCAAGAAUCUACUGUAA